UGCCUGCCACAUCUCUUUGCCUCAUUGGUGAAGUUAUGAUUUACUGUGACUAAUUACUUCCUUGUUUGCAUACACUGAGGUUGCUUUUUCGGUAGCAUAGCACAGGAGACCAAAUCAAGCACUGUUAUUUUACAGAAACACACACCAUGAGGCUGUGGGUUUGUUUCUGCAUUGCACUAGGCCUGUGCAGGCUUGGUAGGGCAGAAGACAAAGAGAAAGCGCACUCUCAGAAGACCCCUGGGAAAGAUGACCUCCAAGAUGGCACAUAUCGCAUAAGUUCUCCACAACUGACCAGUGAGGAAAAAAUGUCUACCCACAUGCCAGAAAAUCUUCGCUGUGAUGCAUGCAGGGCAAUAGCAUUCCAGAUGCAGGAAUACCUUUCCAAAGCCGAAUCCAAAAGGUCAUCAAUGAAGCAAGGAGAAGAGAUGCUGAGUGAAUCUGAUUACAUAGAUGCACUGGACAAAUGCUGUUCACAAAGCUGGGAAAAGUACGGCAUGAUGGAAGCUGAUGGAGAGAAGCGGAUAUCAGGACCUGGAAUCGAGAUAAAGCAGCAGAUGAGUAUGAUGAUGACAGGGGGGCCUUGGCCUGCAAAAUUAUAUCAGAUGUGCCAGUCCUACUUGGGAGAGUUUGGAGAAGAUGAAAUUUAUGAACAAUACAGAAGCAACAAAGCUCACUUAGAAGAUUUUUUGUGUUACGAUCCUGGUAAAGUUUGCUCAAAGCAAGAAGAGAAGAAGAGAGCACGUAAAAAGGUGCAGCCUUCUCACAACGAACUGUAAAUGCAAACGCAAAUCAGCCGAUAACCAACUUGUUAUAUAAAUGUGUUAUGAAGAAACUCUGGGGUGAUUAUUGAAAGAAUGUGCAUUGUAGGCAGCUGGUUUAAAGUUUAGCAAGACAUCUAUAAAUAAUUAUCUGAUUUUUAAUAAAGUUGUACAAGUCUGUUUUUUUUAUCUUGUUUUGUAUUUUGAACUGACAUGAAUGGUAAUAAAUAAAAAGUGAC